UCUGCUUGCAUCUGAAUUGAAGAAUUUCAUGGUGUUGUGGGUGACACAUAUACGUAUAAAAAUUUUAGUGUAAGACACCACAUUGGCACCAACUGCUAGGAAAUGGAAUCAAUGGAAUAUGAGCUCGCUAGAAACCUCACUCUGUUGUUUUUCGUGGAGCGCCUGCUCGAUAAAGGCGAGCCGAGAACGUUGCACGAUCUUUCCUGUCAGUUUGGUGCCAAGGGUUUCACCAAGGAGAUGCGUCAGAUUGCUGGCGGGUCACAGUCGGGCCUGAAGAAGUUCCUGGCUCAAUACCCGGCGUUGUUCAACAUAGACGGGGACUAUGUUGAUAUCAACACGUUUCAAAGGCACCCUAGCGGCGCUGGCGCGUCCUCCAACAAUGAUUACAUUGAAGAGGCGAAAGAGUAUUUCGCCAGUAAGAUGAUCCAGUACGGUGAGGGGACCGAAGUGCCGAUAAAAAGUCUCCUGGGGCACCGCAGCCAAGCCUCCCCGCAAGUGCGUCACAUCUCUGGACAGCGGAUAAAGGAGUUCAAGGAGUUCCUCAUGAAGCACCCGGACACCUUUCAGAUCACCGAUGAUAAUGUUGUUCUAGUCAGUGAUAAUCAUAGGCGAGAUAAUGCACAUGGCAAUUCAGAGCAGUUUCACAAUUUGCCCGUGGCUAAUAUAAAUACAGAUACUGCUCAACAAUUAUUAGAUUAUGUUGCACAGUGUAUAGAGGCCAAAGGUCCAGUUAUGGUGGACCAACUCUUUCACCUUAUUGUGUCACGCUUCCCUCAAGAAUAUUGGUAUCAAAUGUUUAAAACACCAGCAGACUUGAGUGCUUUCUUGAAAAUAUUUUCAGAUAGCUUUCACGUACAAUCUAACCUUGUCACAUUAAUUAGCAAGCCAAAAAUACCUGUAAUGUAUCUAAAUGCAAAACCUAAAGUUAAGACUGAUCCACCAAAGCCAGUGGUCGAAGAGAAACCAGUUUCUCCUGUACCACCAAUAUCAGUUAGUCCAACACCAUCAGAUGGCACAAAAAGUCCUGCAAAUAGGAUACUCAGCCCAAUUGAAUCUCCCCGUGGUCCUCAAGCAAACAUUGCAAAUCAAACACUUAAGCAGAGGAUCAACUCGAUUGUCAUAAAGAAUUUAGCAGAAAAUAUGGUAAGGGAUAGAGUAAACAACCAUUUAAAUGCUCGUGCUUCUGAGGAAACAAAUGGUUUAAUGAGUAUUAGGAAUAAUAUGAUGGGCGAAGCUUGGAGGCAGAAGGUCUUACAAAGUGCAACAGUCAUUGCUAAUGUACGAGAAUGUGCAACAUUAGUUGACAGUAUUAUGAAUGUUAAGCGUACCACAAAAAGUAUAGUGUCCUUUGAUUGUGAAGGUAUUAAUUUGGGCUUAAAAGGUGUUCUGACUUUAUGUCAGAUUGCAACUAUGAAUGGAGAGGUUUAUAUCCUCGAUAUUAUGGCCUGCCCUGGUAUGGUGGUCGAAGGCAAAAUAAAGGAUUUAUUAGAAAGUGAAUUUGUUGUUAAAAUUAUUCAUGAUUGUCGUAACGAUUCUGUCAAUUUACACAAUCAGUUUGAGAUCACUUUAAAAAAUGUUUUCGAUACACAGGCAGCUCAUGCAGUAUUGCAAUUGCAACAGCAAAAUGUUCCUGUGUACAAAGUUAAGAAUUUAAGUCUCAAUGCACUUUGUGAAUUGUAUAAUGCUCCAAUGAAUCCAAUGAAGGAACAAUUAAAAAAUGUAUACCGAAGAGACCAACGUUAUUGGGCCCGGAGGCCUUUAACUAAAGAUAUGAUUAUUUAUGCUGCAUCUGAUGUACUUUCUUUAGUGAACCCAGCAAUUUAUGCUUACAUGUCAAGUAAUAUUAAGCCUGACAAUCAACAGCUUUUCGAAGAACUAUCAAAUGAACAAGUCUUUAUGCACAUUCAACCAACGGAAGUUAAAUUGAGAAAACGUCAAAGAAAAAUCAAUACAGAAGUUGGUGAGCUAAAACAAAAAUUAGCUGAAACUACGAAAAAUAUUGUGUUAAGUAAUCGGGAAAUAAGAUUACUAAGAUAUUUAGAACUGACUGAAGAAGAAAAGGAAAAACUUAAAGGCUGUCAUAAAAUCUCGAAAAAACUAGAAAAACUUGAAGCAAUGGGCCAAGACAAGGACAGUGAUUCUGAUGAAGAUGAAAAAGAAAAUGAGAUGGCUAGCUUAGAAUCGAACCCUUCAGAUUCCAUAUCUUCACCACAUUCAACGCAGCCUCCCAGUCUCACGGAAUCUAUGCAAAUGAUGGAUGAAAUUUUAUCAGACACGAAUAUGGACAAAGUUGAAAAAAUUAAUCGCUUGGAAGCAAUCCUCUCGGCCGUGGCACCUUUGAGUGGAGAGCUAGAGGAUAAAUUUUCACAAACAAUGGAACAGACGCUGCCUCUACUUAAAAACAAAGAUUGGUCAAACUUAAGUCAAAUAUUGAAUAUUGGAGAUACAGAUAGAAAAAACUGUUGUUGCAAAUGCCAUAAUUCUGCAGAUGAAAUCAAAUGCAAUGAUCUCAACGAAACAAAGAAAGCUGAGGUGGGCUCGCAAACAUUGAGCACAGGGGACAUCGUCAUUACGAGGAUUCAUUUCAGAGAGGAGGACAAACUUAACGAGAGGACUCUCGAUGCAUCUCCUCUUAGCAAGAGGGUAGGUAUCAACAAUAUGUCUUGAUGACGCUCAGACAACGAAAAUGAUACUUCCAUUUAUCUGAGUGCCACAGUUUAAUUUCGUAACUACUCCCAUAUGUGAUCAAUUAAAUUUUUUACUUAGUUUUUAAGUUUUAAAAGUGUUUAGAAGCGUAGAAUCUUAAAAGUGGGUUUAUGGUCUAGUUUACCAAGUGUCCGAUAGCGGUGUAUUUGUUCAAGAUUGAAUUAAUUAUAUAGUGAGGACAUGCAUUAGCGAAUGUAUCAUAAACGCCUACGCCGUAUGCUCAUUUGAGCGGAGACGAGCGUGUACACUAGAACUAAUGCAACGGUUAUUCGCAUAAUAUAUACGGCUACUUAAUUCCUUCACCUGGAAUUGUCAGUAUCUGCUGUUCACUUAUUUUAUAGUUAUUUAUUUGGCUAUUGCCGAAGCAAUCCGAACUUAAUGUGAUAGAUUUAUGGCCUUGAUUUUUUCUCGAUCUAUUUUGCAUUGUAAAUAAGAUAACAAUGAUAUGUUGUUUAGCAUUCGGUAAUCUCUGUUUUUAAAUCAGAAUGAUCGAGUACAUUUCAAAAAGAUAGAGUGAAUUGUAUCUUUUAUAUAUAUCACACUGUAUUGUAGCUCUUGCUACUAAAACUAUAUCGAAAAUGGCAAUAAUAGUUAUACAAUAAAAGUUUUAUUGUUCAAAUAUUUAACGGAAUAUUGUUUAGAUUUACUCUAGUAUUUAAUCAUUAUUACAUAGGUUAGUGUUGAAAGAGAUUUAAUAUUAUGAGGCGGUGCUUGGAAAAUAACUUAUUGUAGGUAUAACGAGUUAAAUAAAUUAACUACUGUUUAAUGUUUUGUACAAUAGCGAAAGGACUAUUGUGGUUUUUUUUUAAAUAAUUUUGUGCCUUCGAGUCAUAUCCGACGGAUGCCUUUAAAAAAUACUAAUAACGUGGACGUGUAGCUUUUAUACGUAUUUAGGAAAAUAUGUACACAUUCUUUAGAUAAUAUUUAUUUAUAAAAAUUCUCGUUAGAUCGAUGUCAUUUAGGAUUUUUACAAAAAUAUUAAAAAGUGUCACAUCUACAAGUGACAUCUACAAAUAUAAAAUCAGUGUAAGUUAGCUACAUUGAAUAGUAGGUGUUUCUAAGCAUGUUGAAUUCUUUCGAAUAGUUUAUUUCUGUGUUAUAUACAUAAUUAAUACGUUAAAACUUAAGUGAUACGUUAUAAUACGCUUGAUUUACUAGUUGCCUAUAUUUAUUAGCAUGGUUAGCAUUUUAUGUAUUACUCAUCAGUAUUUCCUAUAUCCAAAUUUUAUUUUCAAAUAUUUUGUAUGUAAAUACAAAAAUAUACUUUUUAAAUUAUUAAAGCCUAAACAAUAAUCAAAAAAACUCUGGCGUCCAUUUUAGCAAAUUUAUAUUUUUUUUUAUUGUUUUGUGCCUAUAAUAUUGCACAAUUUUGAAAGUUUUUGCAUACAUUUUGUAUUUUGCAAGACUAUUUUUUUUUCAGUGCCACUAAUAAUUUUUAAACUUGUAAGGAGCAUUUUUAGUCAACGUAAGCAGAACGUUUGUAAUUAUUAUUUAACUAACUGAAACCGAGAAGUUAUACUUUUCAAUUGUGAAAACCAAGUUUGUCGGUUACUAAAAUGUAGCAAAUUAGCUGUUUAUUAAUUUGCACAUUGUUUAUGUUUAUUAUAAAUAAAAGUUUUAAAAUA